AUGGUGGUAAGCAACCACACCACAGUGACCUACUUCAUCCUCUUGGGACUGACAAAUCGCCCAGAACUACAGUCCCUGCUCUUUGUCCCUCUGUUCUUCGUAUUUGCAGUGAUUUACGUCAUCACUGUGUUGGGGAACCUUGGCAUGAUCAUUUUGAUUCGGACUCAUCUCCAGCUUCACACUCCCAUGUAUUUCUUCCUCAGUAACUUGUCCGUGAUCGACCUCUGCUAUUCCACUGUCUUUGCUCCGAGGUUGCUGGUGAGCUUCCUAGUGGAGAGCAAAACCAUUUCCUACUCCGCAUGCCUUUCCCAGAGCUUCUUUUUUGCGCUUUUUGCCACCGCGGAGGCGUUCUUACUAUCUGCAAUGGCAUAUGACCGCUACGUAGCCAUCUGUAGUCCGCUGCUCUACAGUACUGUUAUGACCAGGAGAGUCUGUACGCAGCUAGUGGUGGGAUCGUACGUGGCGGGGCUCCUGAACUCGUUGACGCACACUUGUGGCUUGCUGGGGCUGCCAUUCUGCGGGCCCAAUGUCAUCAAUCAUUACUUUUGUGACGUACCUCCCCUGCUGCAACUGGCGUGCUUGGACACCCGGCGUAAUCAGACUUUGCUAUUAGUUUUCUCUGCGGUUCUCGCUCUCCUGACCCUCCUGGUCAUCGUCGUUUCCUACGUGCGCAUCCUCUCGGCCGUCCUGAGGAUCCGGUCGGACAACAGCAGGAAGAAAACCUUCCACACCUGUGCCUCUCACCUGACUGCCAUCACCAUUUUCUACGGCUCCGUUUCAUUUAGCUACAUCCAACCCAGCUCCAGCUACUCGAUGGAGCAGGAGAAAGUCUCAGCAGUCUUCUACACCCUGGUGAUCCCCAUGCUGAACCCCCUGAUCUACAGCCUGAGGAACAAGGAAGUGAGGAACAGCUUCAGGAGGACUCUUAGGGCAAAGCAGCUUUUCCACUAACGAGCGCGGCACCUUGCAAAGAACGCACGCAAAGCUGAGGGAGAACGGUUUGGGGGUACGGUUCCAAAUAGCAAAAUUUAGAAAUGUCUUCAUAAUUUCUUUUUAGUAAAGAGCACGCGUGGUGCUAUCGACUUCGAUUGCCUCUUAUGGCACUACGUUGGGACAGCAUGAAGGUCUCACUCUCUUUUCCAAAGCAGAGUGUCCCGAGCAGCCUCUUUGCAGGCAGGAGCAAGUGUCCCAAAGCAGCUCAACUGGUGUUCUCACCUCACGCCAUCCUGCACUGUCACUGUAAAUAGAAAUGAAGCUUAAUGACGCUCUUAAGGAAUGUGGGAAUGACUCGCAUGAUCCUUAUUGUUUCUUUAUCCCAUAUCAGGUGAUAAACACAUUUGCUAUUGGGCUUAUACCCAGUUAGCUCCCGCCUACGCAUGAAAUGUUUAGCUUUUGUCUCAAAUUCAAAAGCCACUGAUAUGAAAUACAUAUAAUCACUCACGUCCUUUUUCUCCCCCGCCUUAUCUUUAGCUUAAUCUCUUCCCCAGGAACCGUCCAAAAUACAGCACUGAUAAUAUUUCACACUUCAAAACUGUG